ACAGGAAGCCCGCCUGGGAGACUCAUCCGAGGGCUCCACUGGGGCCAGCGGUGCUAGCAGAGGCUUCAUGAUGCUGAGCGCGGGUCCGAGCUGCUGAGGGAGGACGACGUCGCUCCGACAUUCAACAACAAGCUGCCUCUUCUCUUGAUGGUGUCCCGGCUGAAUGACUGAGAUCCUGGGUCCUACUUCUCAGGCGGUCAUCCAUCCAUUCGUCCAUUCAGCAGCCACAGCUGACGGCACAGCCACUUCCGGGGCUCCGUACAAAGGGCUCUGUCUUCUCCAAGAUACAGGAAUCCAGAGGGUGAUGGUGAAUCAGACCAAUUAGACCCUCGGGAUAUGAACCUAUGGAGCUGUAGAGACUGAAUGAUCACGUGGACAGCGAUAACAUAACCAAUGAAUGAAGGAGCUAGUAUUUACUACUCGUCUGGUUAUUCAGAGCCUGCCAGAAAUCCAGUUUGUCCCACAGGAAGAACUGUGCCGUUAACUUAUCCACCUUAAGACCUCUAAGCCACAUGCAGCCACCACCUCUGGGUGUUUGCGCCACAGUAAAGGCACGAUAGAUCAACUCUGACAAAAGGUGUGGACAGGUCUGUGGUCGGGAGAAUUUCCCUGCUCCCAUUCAGUACAUAAAGCUCCCAACUGCUGGAAACCUUGCAACAAUGACUACAGAGUGGGGUGAGAAGUCCACAGCGGACCUCAUGAGUGGGUAUGUCUCCAAGGAAACGGGAUAUGGCGUACCCAAGGAGGGCUGGCGGAUCUGUCUGGCACACGAGUUCAAGGAAAAGAGGAAGCCCUUACAAGCAAAAGAUGUGUCGCUGUCCAACAUCUGGUAUCACAUCGGCCUCGGAGUCAGGUAUCUCAAGUGGUGGUACAGGAAGACCCAGGUGGAAAAGAAAGCUCCAUUCAUUGAUAUGUUUGGUGCCCAACCCUUGCGUCAAAUAUAUGGUGCUCCGCUUGGUGGCAUUGGAGGAGGAACCAUCACUAGAGGCUGGAGGGGGGAGUUCUGUAGAUGGCAACUUAACCCGGGAAUGUACCAAUACAAAACUGUCACAGCAAAUCAGUUCACAGUUUGUUUGCGUCGAGGAGGACAAACAGUUUACCAGCAGGUGCUCUCUGUAGAGCGGCCGCCCACGUUACAGGGCUGGAACUGGGGCUACUGCGGGGAGUAUGCCUUCUACCACGCCCUGUACCCUCGGGCCUGGACCGUCUACCACCUGCCGGGGCAGAACGUCACCCUGACCUGCAGACAGAUUUCCCCCGUCAUCCCCCAUGACUACCAGGACUCCAGUCUCCCAGUGGCCGUGUUUGUGUGGGACAUAGAGAACAAGAAUGACUAUGAUCUAGACGUCUCCAUCAUGUUUACUAUGGUCAAUGGAUCCGGGCACAAGAAUGACAAGAGCGGAGGACACUGGAAUGAACCAUUCCAGCUGGAGAAGGAGGGGGAGACGGUGUCCGGGGUCUUGUUGCAUCACCGCACCCCAGUGAACCCGUACACGAUGUGCAUUGCAGCCCGAGAGCAGCCUGACAGGGAGGUCAGUCACCAGACAGCGUUCAGUCCGAAGGGAACCUGCAGCGCUCUGUGGAGUGACCUCAUCACUGAUGGACGACUGGACUCGCCCACAGGUUCCAGCCCACCGACCGCUAAGGGAGACACGGUGGCAGCAGCGUUGGCUGUGGGCUGCUCAGUGCCGGCUCAGAGCCAUAACACCCUGGAACUCUGUCUGGCCUGGGACAUGCCCAAUAUCACCUUCGGCUCUAGAGAGAGGGAGCACGUGAGGAGAUACACUCGUUUCUUCGGGACCAAAGGGGAUGCGUCCCCCUCUCUCAGCCACUACGCUCUGACACAUUACAAACAGUGGGAGAGGAGUAUCGAGGAGUGGCAGGGACCCAUCCUGCAGGACAGUUCUCUACCCUCCUGGUAUAAAUCAGCCCUGUUUAACGAGUUGUACUUCGUGGCGGACGGAGGGUCGGUGUGGACGGAACUAGGAGAGGACGCCGACGUCAGUGGCGGCAUCCGCAGCGAGGACGGGGGACUUCCCGCUCAGCCGGCUGUGGUCAAAGAGUACGGCCGGUUUGCCUACCUCGAAGGUCAGGAGUACAGAAUGUACAACACGUACGAUGUGCACUUCUACGCUUCUUUUGCACUGAUCAUGCUGUGGCCCAAACUUGCCUUGAGUGUGCAAUAUGAUAUUGCCGGCAGUGUGGUUCGGCCGGACCCAACAGUGAGGCUCCACCUGAUGAACGGGCUGUGUUCUCCUGUCAAGGUCAAAAAUGUGGUGCCUCAUGACAUCGGUGACCCAGACGAUGAGCCUUGGCAGCGGGUGAACGCCUACCUCAUUCAUGACACUGCCGACUGGAAGGACCUGAACCUGAAGUUUGUCCUGCAGGUCUACAGAGACUUUCAUCUCACCCAGGACAGACAGUACCUCCAGGACAUGUGGCCCAUCUGCAAGGCGGUGAUGGAGUCGGAGAUGAAGUUUGACCUGGAUGGAGAUGGACUAAUAGAAAACUCUGGCUACGCCGACCAGACCUAUGACGGCUGGCCCGUUACUGGACCAAGUGCGUACUGUGGUGGGCUGUGGUUGGCGUCCCUGUGUGUGAUGUGUAAGAUGGCCACACUGGUGGACAGCGAGGAGACGCACCAACAUUACAGAGACAUCUUGGACAGAGGCAGUGCUGCUUUUGACAAACUGCUGUGGAACGGAAAGUACUACAACUAUGACAGCAGUGGGAGAAACCUUUCCAACAGUGUCAUGUCUGACCAGUGUGCUGGCCACUGGUUUCUAAGAGCAUCUGGGCUGGGGGAGGGGGACUACCAGGCUUUUCCAAAAGAAAAAAUCCAGAGUGCACUAAAAUCUGUCUUUGACUUGAAUGUAAUGAGCUUUGCUGGAGGCCAGAUGGGGGCAGUGAAUGGCAUGCGUCCUGAAGGCGUGCCCGACCGCUCCAGCGUCCAGUCGGAUGAGGUCUGGACUGGAGUCGUGUACGGACUGGCAGCCACUAUGAUCCACGAGGGCAUGCGGGAUGAAGGGAUGCGCACGGCAGAGGGCUGCUACCGCACCGUGUGGGAGAGACUGGGAAUGGCAUUCCAGACUCCUGAAGCCUACUGCGAGAAGGGCAUCUAUCGCUCACUGGCUUACAUGAGGCCUCUGAGCAUUUGGGCUAUGCAGCUGGCCCUAAAUAAUUCCCAGAAGAUUCAGACCACAUCGGCACAAACUGGAGAUACGGACGGGAGCAGGGACACAAUUUGAGAAAAAGCUUGAGCCAUUAAGAGUGUUGUGAUUCGUGAGGGACGUCAGGUUCCUUAGAAAAUGACCUUUAAACACUCCCGCCGCAGUCUGCACUCCCUCACUGUAGUGCUCUGCUAGACUGGUUACACACCUGGGAUUUUAUCCUCUACUCUACUGCUUCAGAUGUUUUGUCGUUUACGGCUCGAGGUCAAUACACAUUUUUUUUUGCGGUGUAUGGUUUAUGUGCAACAAAGUCAACAACCACUGUAGAUGAUCAUGAAUUAGGUUCAACAUUUUCCAAGAGCCUGAGGCGUGCAGCGUUUAUUUUCUUUUUUUAGGAACUGUCAAAAUCAUAGCCAGUAUGUGUUGCUAAUUAAAAAUAACAUAAUAAAAAUUACCAGCAACAUACAAUACUACAUUUAUCAAUUUACAAUCAUAAUAAUGAUAAAGUUUGCAGACCUGAAACAAGUUUAUAUGCUAAUAGUUUUAGGACUGUAGGUAUUAAUUUAUUGAAAUGGCAUCAGAAGGCCUUUAUAACUGGAUCAGAUGUGUAGACACUUCAAAAAGUAAUUGUGAAGGUUUUUAAUUUCCUCCAAUUAAAUUUGAAUGCUGUAAUAAAUGAUGUAAUAUGUGACCAGUAGUGUUGGAAAUUGAGUCUGAAAAAUAUAUAUAUUUUUCCUUUUUAAAAUAACAUUUGGUGACUCUUUGCAUGUUGACCUAGAUCUACAAUAUAUGAAUGUAUCUGCAACGUUUAUGUUUUAUAAGAACCAAUUCCCAUGACAAUCGUACUGAAUAAAUGACUGAGAAAUACAA